AAUGAUGACAAUCAACGAUCAUACUGAAAUAUUUCCUGUCAGUUUUAAAUAAUUUAGUCGUUUUCGUUUUGUAUAUAAAAAUCAACCAGUAAAAAGUAAACCUUUAUAAUUCCUAGAUUAAGGUUAAGUGAAACAUUUGAGAGGAUUAAUGGUACCAGGCUCUUCCCAGUGUGAAUAUAGAGGGGCGGGUCCUGCCUUGCAUCACCACUGCCGGCCACCACAUCACAUCCUCAGUCGUGGCCAUACACUCCUUCCUUCUCGUAGUGUUAUAUCCUCUCACGGCAACUGGAACGUGAUGGGUUAAAUUCAUAAACUGAAAUAAGGAAACCAACAGAACAAUGAACUGAACUGCUGUUGCCUGGCAAUUAAGUUGCUAAAAUAUUGUAGUGUUUUAAGUUUGUAGAUGAUUGCGUGGGUCAACUAUUUACGGAAGUGUUGCGACAGUGGUGAGAGUGUGGGAGAACACCCGGGUAGGCUAGGCUAGGAUUCCCAAGACUAUCCUGCAAUGACCCGCCGCCUACCGUGUGUACUAUGGGCUUAACAUAAGGUUACCUGGCGAAGGGUACCUGGCUGGAUUUAGAAUGAGAGCAGGCCGUGUGCAGGAGUAUGGCGCUGUGCAACUGCUGCUGCUGCUGCUGCUGGUGUGGAGCACCUGGCUGCCCCUCGUCCAGGCUAUAUUUGAAGAUAUCGGGGUCACCCCCGUCAAUACCGCUGCACUUCAACUGGGUGAAAUAUCCUUCAUGCAGUAUGUCUUGGGUUGCAUAGUAUUCCUGCAGUUGGUGAUACUGUACACGAAGGGCGUGUUGCCAGUCGAGAUCGACCUGAGCUUCGACAACCCCAACGGAAGCCUCGUGGGCAGGGCGCGCAGACCUGAUGCCACCCUGGCGACGCCGACCUUCCUGAUGGAGUGUCCGCUGCAGUACGUGUGUGAGGUGGACGCCUGGGCCAACCGCGACCACGACUUCUUCCUCGAGAAACUUCUCGCCUCCUGGUUCAGGAACGCCAACCACACGUGGACCCACCCAGAGGCCGUUACCUUCGCUGGUGCAGGCACAUGCAGGGAAAUGUAUCCUUGCCCCUUCGAUGUGCAGGAAGUGGUGGGCAUCCGGAUCCCAGGGUCCAACAGUCUUGCCAGUACACAAGAAGAGACUUACUCCAAGUUCUUUACAGAAACUAUUGGUAUGCGGCAGGAGCCUUGGCUCUAGCGCUACAAGCAACACUGGGAAGGAGUCCUGCUGCCUCUUUCAGAUAUCUGGGCAUGCUUCCGAGCAGGCAUCAUGGUGGUGUGGCGUGUGGUACUCACAGACUAAGGCCAUCUUGUAGGAGGCGCGUCUCGCCCACGUCCCCUACGCCCAUAUAAUAUUCCUGGGAGGGUACAAUGCCAUAGACACUGAUAAAGAUGGCGUACAGUUCUGUGAGAGACCACAGCAACAGUUAUCCGGAAUAUAUCCUUCAGAAUGUCAUGAGACCUGGACACUCGGUGUAGCCUAAAUAUCCCGUACCAUAGUAUCAUUUGUGGCACAAAAUAUGUUAUGGGUUUUGAUAUGUUAAUCCUCCAGGUAUCAUUUGUCAUCUCUACUUGGACUACAGAGGUGGUGGCUUGUUUUUGUUAUAAACGGAGCCUGUAGGUGCCCAGUGUGAUGCCCCGCACUCGAACGCUGUUGUGCGUAGUCGCUGGCACCACAGCUGGCACCACAGCUGGCACCACAGCUGGCACCACAGCUGGCACCACAGCUGGCACAUUCAUGCCACAGACCAGUGCCUUGUGUUAUUGUCUUCACACGUGAACAUCAAGCGCCAAAGAAGCGAAAAUAUAAAUAUAACUAUUAUCAUAAAAAGAAGAAUCGGCGCUAAUCACCUAUUACGGCUUCAUAACAAGGGCUGAAAGGCGUGAACUUCCAGCUCUGGACGAGUGAUGGAACUAGGGAGGAUUAUUGAGUGCUCGCCUCAGCCCUGGACGAGUGUUGGAACUAGGGAGGAUUAUUGAGUGCUCGCCUCAGCCCUGGACGAGUGUUGGAACUAGGGAGGAUUAUUGAGUGCUCGCCCGAGCCCUGGGCGGGUGUUGGAACUAGGGAGGAUUACUCUGGGUGCUCGCCUGCCCAGCAAAUCAAGCUGUUGUGUAUGGUGAAUACGUGAAAUUAUCUCACCAUCUAUUUAUGUGUAUUUGUGAAAGCCGAGGCGUGACUUACUGGCUCCAGCGGCCGCAGUUCUGGUCCAAUAAUGUUGAGAUUCCAGGAGCCACACUCUAGUGAACUUUUGCACCUUCAGUAACUAAAACAAAUUACAUACGACGUCCAAGGGACGAUAGAGUCCAAGAGGACGAUAGAGAUGUACCGAAAAGUUGACUUCAUUUUACGGUAUACAUGUACACUCAUAGUUUCUUUAGUCCUGGACCAUGUUCAGGACUGAAAAUAUAAUUGCUGAUUGCUCAGUGAGCUCUUGUGGUGGCCUUAAUAACCCCUCGAAGGUUAAUAGGCCUUAAACACAAAAAAGACAAUCCCCCCCUCCCCCCAAAAAAAUCGAGAAUGUGCAAUAUUUGCAUCUCGAAGCCUCUCCAUUCCUCAUUGAUCACAGCUGCUUCACCUCCACGUCGCAUUUCCUGCUAUUUUGGUAACGCAUGAUAAUGUAUUACUUUUGUUGUAUUAUGUCACCAAAUUUUUGUUUAAUUUAAAUGUAAACCAAUUCUGCCAAACGUUUGACUAGAGGUUCUAACUAGUGUAUGUUAUGUAUACAAGUUCACCCAUACACUCUUAUGUGAUGUACACCAAACAAUUAUGAAAGUUAAGCAUUUUCAUACGUUCUUAUUGUGAACUCUUCACAGUUAAAUGAUGCUGACCAAUGAACGAACUGUUGUUGUUGAUUUAGGGGCGACGGUGAUCGCCAUGAACGAACUGUAACGAGUCCAAUGUUUAGGUAUUGUGAUAUAUUUAUAUCGGUUUCCACCAAUCACAGGAGCUCUUGUUUUAGGCCAAUCAUGGGUCCGCUUGCUUAAACCAAUCACAGGAGCUCUUGUGUUAGGCCCAUCAUGGGUCCUCUUGCUUAAACUAAUCACAGGAGCUCUUGUGUUAGGCCAAUCAUGGGUCCUCUUGCUUAAACCAAUCACAGGAGCUCUUGUGUUAGGCCAAUCAUGGGUCCUCUUGCUUAAACCAAUCACAGGAGCUCUUGUCUUAGGCCAAUCAUGGGUCCUCUUGCUUCGACCAAUCACAGGAACUCCUUUUUUGUAUGUCAUUAAGCUGUGAACAAAUAAUAAAAUCAUAAUGAU